GUGGUUGCUGGUGCUAAGUCACAGAGCUGUAAGGUUGAAGAAACAGGAGCUCCAAUUUCCAAGGCAAUGAGAAACUGAAUAUUAAAGUUAACAAGAGAGCAAGAAUUAACCCUUUCUUCACCUUUUUUGUUCUAUUUAGGUCCUCAGUGGAAUGGAUGAUGUCCACCCACAUUGGUGAGUAUGGAUCUUUUUUACUCAGUCUACUGAUUCAAAUUCUAAACUUUACUAGAAACGUUUUAACAGACACACAGAGAAAUGUUUUACCAAAGGGGCGCCUGGGUGGCUAAGUCAGUUAAGCAUCCGACUUCGGCUCAGGUCAUGAUCUUGCGGUUUGUGAGUUCAAGCCCCAUGUUGGGCUCUGUGCUGACAGCUCAGAGCCUGCAGCUUGCUUUGGAUUCUCUGUCUCACUCUCUCUCUGUCCCUCCCAUGCUCAUGCUCUGUCUCUCUCUGUCUCUUAAUAAUAAAUAAACGUUAAAAAAUUUAAAAACAAGAAAUGUUUUACCAAGUGUCUGGGCCUCCCUUAGCUCUGUUGACACCUAAAAUUAAGCAUCACAACAUUUUUCUCCUGUUCCUGAUCUUAGAGGAAGACCUUUCAGGUUUUUUUUUUACCAUUGAGUAUGAUUUUAAAAGUGGGCUUGUCAUAUAUUACCCUUGAUAUGUUGAGGUACAUUCCUUUUAUUCCUACAUUUUUGAGAAUUUUUAUGAUAAAAAUGUAUUGAAUUUUGUUUGUCACAUGUUUCUAUAUGUCAAUUGAUAUGAUCCUAUGAUUUUUAUUCUUCAUUCAAUUAAUGUGGUGUACCACAUUUAUUGAUUUGCAUAUGUUAAACUAUCCUUGAAUCUCAGGGUGAAAUCCUGCUUGAUCAUGGUAUAUAGUUUUUUUAAUGUCCCGUUGAAAUCAGCUUACUAGAAUUUUGUUAAAAAGUUUUACUUCUAUGUUCAACACGGAUAUUGUCUUAUAAUUUUUUUUCUUGUGGUGUAUGCUUGGCUUUGGUAUUAGUAUAAUUCUGGCCUUAUUAAAUGAAUUCAGUGUUUUGUUCAAUUUUUUAAAGAAGAGUUUGCAAAACAUUGGUAGUAAGUCUGAAUUCUUGGUAGAAUUCACCAGUGAAGCCAUCUGGUCUUAGUGUUUUCUCUGUGUGAGGAUUUAUUCAUGGAUUCAAACUUGGUAGGUGGUAUGUUUGUAGGAAUUUAUACAUUUCUUAUAGCUUUUCCAAUUUCCUGGCAAAUAAUUGUUUAUAGUAUCUUCUUAUGAUUAUUUUUAUUUCUUCAGCAUUACUUAUAAUUUUUCCUCUUUUAUUUCUAUUUUUAUUUAUUUGAGUCUUUUCCAUUUUUCUUACUUAAUCUAGCUUUCAUUGAUCUUUUAUAUUGUUUUCUUAUUUCCUAUUUUAUUUGGAAUUUUAUUUAUUUAUUUUAUUUAUUUAUCUUCUCUAACUUCUUCUAUUUUCCUUUUCUGCUAACUUUGGGUUUAGUUUGUCAUUACUUUUCUGGUUACUUGCAGUGAAAAGUUAGGUUGUUUUUUUGAGAUCUUCUUUCUUAAUGUAGACAUCUAUUGUUAUAAACUUCCCUCUUAGUAUUGCUUUUGCUGCAUCCCAUAAAUCUUGGUAUGUUGUAUUUUCAUCUUUGUCUCAAGAUAUGUUUUUACUUCCUACUUGAUUUAUUCUUUGAUGUAUUGAUUAUUUAGGAGUGUGUUUAUCUUAAUUUGUUCACACUUCUGUCACAACAGUACCAUACAGUAACAGGAUUAUAAACAACCUAAAUUUAUUUCUCACAGUUAUGGAGGCUAGGAAGUCCAAAUUAAGGCAAUAGAAGAUUGAGUAUCUGGCAAGAACCUCAUUCCUGGUUCAUAGAUGACUGUCUUCUCACUGUGUUAUCACAUGGUAAAACAGGCAAGGGAGCUUUCUGAAGUCUCUUAUUUUAUUUUAUUUUAUUUUGUUAAAUUUAAUUUAGAGGCAGAGAGAGAGUGCAUGGAGGAGAGGAACAGAGAGACAAAGAGAAAGAAUCCCAAGCAAGCUCCACACUCAGCGUGGAGCCUGGUGUGAGGCUCAAUUCCAUGGCCCUGGUAUCAUGACUUGAGCCAAAGUCAAGGGUCAGAUGUUCAUCUAACUGAGCCACCCAGGCACCCCUGAAGACCAUUUUUUUUUAAUGGGAACUAGUCACUUUUGUUUUUUGUUUCUUAAAAGAAACAAAAGGCAUCCAAAUCAGCAAGGGAGAAGUUAAACUUUCACUAUGCACAGAUGACAUGAUACUCUGUGUAGAAAACCCAAAGACUCCAUCAAAAAAAUUGCUAGAACUGAUACACAAAUUCAAUAGUCGCAGGAUACAAAAUCAAUGUAUGGAAAUCUGUUGCAUUUCUAUACACCAAUAAUGAAGCAGCAGAAAGGGAAAUCAAGGAAUCAAUCCCAUUUACAAUUGCACCAAAAAACAUAACAUACCUAGGAAUAAGCCUAACCAAAGAAGUAAAAGUUCUGCACUCUGAAAAGUAUAGAACAUUUAUGAAAGAAAUUGAAGAGGGCACAAGGAUAUGGAAAACUUUCCUUGAUCAUGGGUUGAAAGAACAAAUAUUGUUAAAAUUUUUAUACUACCCAAGCAAUCUACACAUUUAAUGCAAUCACUAUCAAAAUACCACCAGCAUUUUUCACAGAGCUGGAAAAAAUAAUCCUAAAAUUUGUAUGGAACCACAAAAUACCCUGAAUAGCCUGAAAAAGGAAAGUAGAGUUGGAGACCUCAUAAUUCCAAACUUCAAGUUAUAUUACAAAGCAGUAGUGAUCAAUACGGUAUGGUACUGGUACAUAAACAGACACAUAGAUCAAUGGAACAGAAUAAAAAACCCACAACAGAAAUGGCCCCACCAGUCUAUGGUCAACUACUCUUCAACAAAGUGGGAAAGAAUAUCCAAUGGGAAAAAGACAAUCUCUUCAACAAAUGAUGUUGGGAAAACUGGACAGCCACAUGAAAAAGAAUGGAAUUUGAUCACAUUCUUACACCAUGCACAAAAAUAAAUUCAAAAUGGAGGAAAGACCUAAAUGUGAGACAGGGUACCAUAAAAAUCCCAGAGGACAACACAGGCAGCAACCUCUUUGACAUCAGUUGUUAGCAAAUUCUUACUAGAUGUCUCCUGAGGCAAAGGAAACAAAAGCAGAAAUAAACCGAUGGGAAUUCAUCAAGAUAAAAACUUUCUGCCCAGUGAAGGACACAAUCAACAAAACUAAAAAGCAAACAAAAAAUGGGAGAUGACAUAUCUGAUGUAUAUCUGUAAAGAACUUAUCAAACUCAACACCCCCCAAAAAAUAAUCCAGUUAAGAAAUGGGCAGAAGACAUGAAUAGAUAUUUAUCCAAAGAAGACAUCCAGAUGGCUAACAGACACAUGAAAAGAUGCUCAACAUCACUCAUAAUUAAGUAAAUACAAAUCAAAAGGAAGAACCUUGAAGACAGUAUGCUAAAUUAAGUCGGACACAAAAGGCUUCAUAUUACAUGCCUCCGUUUAUAUGAAAAAGGCAGAAGAAAUUUACAGAGACAGAAAAUAUAUUGGUGGUUCUUAGAGCCCAGAAGGACAGUCUAAAGAGGUUGAUAGCAGAAGGAUACAGAUUUCUUUCUGAGGUAAAUAAAAUAUUCUAAAUUUGACUUUUGUGAUGUUUGCAUAUAUCAAGUAAUAUACUGAAAAUCAUGGGAAUGAACAUUAUAAAUGGGUGAAAGUAUUGUUUGUGAAAUGUAUCUCAAUAAAGCUGUUAAAAACAAGAAACAUAUAUGAGGUGUAAUAAAAGAUAUUCUAAGAACCUCUGAAACUGGAUUAUGAUCAUCCUCAUUCCAAUCUCAACCUGUGUCUUGUGGUUAGUUCCUCCCUUUAGCAAAGGGAAAGGUAUUUUUGUCAUCCCUCCAAAAUAGCUUAGCUGUGCAUAGAAGGCAGUUUUCUGGAAGAAUCCCGUAGUUUGGCUGUUUCACUUACUUCUAAAGUAAGGCCUUCACUUCACCUUAUCAAAGCUACCCAUGUGUAUGGUUUCCCUUCCUCUUUUUCAUGUUUCACCAAGCUAGGAGUAUUGGUGGCUCAGAGACCCCACCCCUUAAAAUCCCUUUGAUGCUCUUUGAGGACAAUUGUUGCCUUGGCAAGAUUGUUACAUGGUGGGGGGCAAUCAUCACUGAAAUUUCCUAGCAGGCCCUGGGCUGCCUGAAAGGAGACAGUAUUCACGGGUUGAAGACAAGGUACUCUGUGGGAUUGGGGACUACCUGCUAGCUCCUCCUGAGUGUCAACCUGAGAACUUUGGAAGCCUGUGGUUUUAAAUCUUCCAGAGGUGCCUGUUGUCAUACAAAGUGGCAAAGCAUUUUUUAUUUUGUUGAAGUUUGGAAGAGCAUGCUUCAAACAUGUAUAACCCAUCUGUAUUAGAUAUUCCAGCUGUAAUUUUUGACAACGGAUCAGGACUCUGCAAAGCAGGCCUGUCUGGAGAGAUUGGACCCCUUCACAUCAUCAGUUCUGUUGUGGGGCAUCCUAAAUUUAACAUGCCCUUAUCAGAAGCCACUAAGAAAAAGUACUUCAUGGGACAAAAAGCCCUGUACAAGUAUAAGGUCUUGCAUUUGCACUACCCCAUUGAGUGUGGACUUGUAACAGGAUGGGAUGACAUAGAGAAACUUUGGAAGUAUCUUUUUGAGUGGGAACUAGGAGUCAAACCCUGUCAAUGACCUGUACUCAUGACUGAGCCCUCUUUGAACCCAAGGGAGACUGGAGAGAAGAUGACAGAAGUGAUGUUUGAGACCAAUGUGCCUGCUUUCUACCUGUCCAACCAUGCAGUGGUAGCCUCUGUCACGGGAUUAGUGGUGGACAGUGGUGAUGGGAUCACCUGCACUGUCCCUAUCUUUGAGGGUUAUUCCCUGCCUCAUGCUGUGACCAAGCUCUACGUGGCAGGAAGGGACAUCAUAGAGCACCUCACUCGGCUCCCCCUCGUUCGUGGAAGUACCUUCCCUUUCAUAUUCAAUAAAGCUUUAGUGGAUGACAUCAAAGAGAAGCUGUGUUGUGUGGCCUUGGAGCCAGAGAAAGAGCUAUGUAAGAAGCCAGAAGAGGUUCUAAGAGAAUACAAACUGCCAGAUGGAAAUGUUAUCUACAUUGGAGACCAGCUGCACCAGGUGCCUGAGAUCCUUUUUGCACCUGACCAGCUGGGUAUCCACAACCCAGGACUCUCAAAAAUGGUAUCCAGCAGCAUUAUGAAGUGUGACACUGAUAUCCAGAAGAAUCUUUUUGCAGAAAUUGUGCUGUCUGGGGGCACCACUCUUUUCCCUGGGCUUGAGGAAAGACUUUUGAAAGAACUGGAACAGCUGGCUUCCAGAGGAACUCCCAACAAGAUUACAGCUUCUGAUAGAUGUUUCUCUUCAUGGAUAGGUGCAUCCAUUGUGACCUCUCUGAGCAGGUUCAAGCAGAUGUGGAUCACUGCAGAUUUCAUGGAGUUUGGGACAUACAUUGUUCAGAGAAAAUGCUUUUAA